CCUUUUUUGAACACUUGAGUUUGACUGAGUCUGACUUGUUUGGUCCAUGUUUCAAUCUGCCAUGUUUAAGAGGCUGUUGUGUUGAUCUUGAUUUGAUGAAAUAUUGAAGUGUUCAGUUUCAUUUAUAUUUUAGGAAAUAAAACCUCACAAAUCAACUGUUACUUGUUUUUCACCAACAUAUUGUUGGGGACCUGUGCUUCUUUUAGUGAAGUAAAGUAAAAUACUCAAGUAGGCUAUUGUUAAAUAAAACUUUCAAGUCGUUGGUGACUUGUAAUGGAGCCAUUUUUGCAGUAAGGUAUCUGUACUUUUACUCAAGUAUGGUUUUCAGGUAGCCUACUCUUUACUUAUGCUUUUUUUUUAUUUAUAUUAGAUUAACGCUUGUAUGUAUAAACACUAUAAGCAAUUUCUUUUUUACCACGAACGCUUUGAAGCUCCACACUACUGGUGCGUUCAAGUCUUCCUGGGAAGUUCGUAUGUACGAGGUGGGAAGUCGUGUGUACAACAGUAGGUGCGUUCAAGUCACUUUCGUCGGAGUAAGAUGGCGGUGUGCCUUCUCUAAAUUAAUUACACAAAAUAACAACACUUCUGCUUCUAGAAAAUGUAGAGCAAAGAAUGUGCAUUAGUUGUAUGUUGCUUAUGUUUUUAAUUAAUUUAUGAAGCCAUUGUAAAAUGUAUUGUUACAUAUUACAUUUUUAUAUUGUGAUGCUAUCGUAUUUUUGCUUGGAAUCAGCUUACUUCGUUGUAAAUAGAAAAGCCUGACAAUGUCACUGCUAAAUACCUGCAAGUAUUGUGGUAUUUCGCUAUGUUUCUGACUGACACGCCCCCAACUCGUAUAGAUCGGCGCUUAAAGAAAAUUACGAGCUUCCCACUGGUAUUUACGACAUUGUGGUGGCGUUCAUGUCGGUUCUGCUCGUAAAUACGAUCUUUCCGACAUGACUUGAACGCACCAUACAUUUCAGUGGGUGGCGGUAAUGCAUCUUAGGUUUCUUUGCCACCCGCCGAUAACAACAGAAGAAGAAGAAGAAGAAGAAGAAGAAGAACAGCAGCAACAACAACAACAACUCUUUAGCCCUGGUGGUCUUGUUCAUUUGAUCUGGUCCUUCAUACCUCAUAGCAAUUACUGCUCAUACCUUCAUUCAAGUCAUUCCCAACUGAAAGGUGUUGUAAAGAUGGAGAUUAUUAAAGAAGAGAAUGACAAUAUGAGAAAUUCAGAAGCAUGCAGAGUUAAAGAUGAAGAUACUGAAGAACAAAGAGACUUAAUGAAAGUGCAAGAGGAAAGUGAAGAAUUGAAUGAAAUGGAGAAGAAACAUCAGAUUCAGGAACUUCAUGAUGCCAUAACUGGAGAAAAAAAAGGACAAGAACUACAAAGAGCAGAAGCCAAAACGUCUUUUACCUGCCCUCAAUGUGGAAAGAGCUACAAAAACCUUAAAAUUCACAUGCAAAUUCACACUGAAGAGAAGCCGUUCACAUGUGAUCAGUGUGGAAAGAAUUUAAAAUGGUCAAAUAGUCUCAGAGUUCAUAAGCUCGUUCACUCUGGAGAAAAGCCAUUUGACUGUGAUCAGUGCGGUAAGAAAUUUUUUAAGGAAUCUGACCUAAAGGACCACAUGAAAGUUCACACAAAAGAGAAGCCUUACUUGUGUUCUGUUUGUGGAAAGGCAUUUUCAUGGCUGGGCCAAUUUAAAGACCAUGAGAAAAUACACGCUGGUGUGAAAGAGUAUUUGUGCUCCGAUUGUGGUAAAGCCUUUACUACAGCCACUCAGUUAAAAGUGCACCAAAGGACCCACACUGGAGAAAAACCUUACAAGUGUUCAUAUUGUGAAAAGAGUUUCAAACAGUUAGGAGGCCUGCAAGGACAUGAGAGAAUUCACACUGGAGAGAAGCCGUAUCAAUACCAUCAAUGUGGAAAGAGAUUUGGCCACUCCAGAGUUGCAAAGAUUCACAGAAAGAAGCAUUGCCCAAAAUUAAAUGGAAUAUCAGUACAAUUAUAAGCAAUUUAUAAUAAUAUUUAUUAUUUUUAUUUCAGAGGGGGUGUUAUAAAUGUGAGAAUUGACUGGUGUUUUCUUCAUACCUCUGUAUAAUUCUGAAUAAAAUUUAUAAUAAAAUA